GAUCAAUCCUUAUUCGAUUUGUCAUACAUUUUCGAGGGUCCGGAAGGAGUGAAACGGAUGUCCUUUGAUGUCCAUGGUAAGCCUUCCUUUGUUUUUACCUGUAUUAACGUCUGACUUUCAUGUCAAAUACAACAUUUAAGACAAAACAAUUAGUGAAAAGGCUUUUUCAGAUGCUUUGUCCAGGGCGAUAUAUCAUAGGGAUAAUAAAGCUGGCACACAUUUUUAGCAUCACAUGAGGGCCUGUAUGGAAUCAUUGGGAAAAUGGUCAGUGUGUGUGUGGUCCAUUGAGGGGUUGGGCCACACUUCUUCUCUGAGCGACUCUUCGCAGCAGUGUGUGGGAAGCCUGCUCCUCCACUCAGACUGGAGGAGGUGGACCACACUACUCUGAGAGCACAUUUGGAAAAUGUACGUUUUAUGUCCUCCCUAACAGCAAAAGGAAAUAAUAUAUCAUCCUUUUUACAUGUAUGAUUUAUUUUGCUGUGUUUAAAAUUCUCGAUUGCCUGUCAUACAUUUUUUAAAUUCUAGAUCAAAAAAGCAGUGGACCUAUCAGAGGUAAAGAACAAAUGGGAGGACUGGCUGAGCCUACUGAGGCUGAAAAGGAACGUUGUCAUGGCGCUUGCAACGCCAGGGUUGUGGGUUCGAUUCCCACGGGGGACCAGUAUGAAAAAUGUAUCCACUCACUAACUGUAAGUCGCUCUGGAUAAGAGCAUCUGCUAAAUGACUAAAAUGUAAAUGUAAAGACAAUGGAGGACAGGGAUGGUGUGGUUGAAUUGGUGGCUCAACAAUUUGUUGAAGGGAGCAUGCAGGUGGCCUUGGAGCAGUACGUCAACGCUGUUAUAAAUCUGUGAAGUACUUGUCAUUACCUCCUCUAACAUACAGUAAGUGUAUUUAAUCGGUCCACCCCCCUAAAUCAAUACACAUCACUAUAUUGUCCUUAACACUUAUUUCUUUAAAUAUACAUACUGUCUCUAAACCAUAACAGGUUCAAAUAUGUUCUCAACUCUCUUGGGCUGCUUGAGGCAUUGGGGAACCACCCGGACAGCUUCCGAGCACUUUUUGUGGACUCCAUAAAGCCUCCCACUGCCAGGGACCUGUUUAAAGUAACCUAUUCCAUACGGCAACCGGCGGUGGUUGAGGAACGACACCAUCUGCCGCUGGCCAAGGUGCAAGGUAAGAUAGUAGUUAAAUUGUUAACGUUUAUCGGUAACUGCAUAUUAUUCCAUUUGUGAAUUAAAUGUGUAUUUUAAAAGUUUUACUGUGUACUCCUCAGAUGGAGAAUGUCCUCCUCUAACAGUGGCAAUGGUGUUGGAGUUUUCUACUGGGGCAACGGUGGUGCCACCCCUGGGGUUUGAGGACACCCUGACCAUCGAAUUCCUCCACACAGCGCGAGGGAGUCUCGCUGGGCAGCAGAAGAAAACGUACCCAGAGGCAAACGCGUUUACUGUGACACUAAGGCUCCCUCUUCAUAGCACCUACAAUGCCUUUAGGGUAUUGUGAAUUCCCUGCAUUUCAGUGUUGCAUAAACACACCUUAGUGGAGAGUGACAGAUAAUAGGUAGAACAUUGGAGGGUGAAGUCUGUGGGACUUGUUCUGCCUUCCCUCUCCCACUGUUUCAUAUAUGUACUAGCUAUGUGCUGAAGACUUGUACAUUUCCGACCCUGUUCUUUUGAAUGUCUUAAUGUACCUAUUUUCUGCUAUGAUAAAAAUAGUUAUUUUUAUCAUACAGAAUGUGUAGAAUUGUAUCUAGUAGCACUAAACUACAGUAGCAAUUAAGUGUUUGAAAAUGUAACUGCACAUCAAACAUUUAAGCAUUUAUCUACUUACCGUCUGUGUUGUUAGUACAGUGCAUUCGGAAAGUAUUCAGACCCCUAGACUUUUUCCACAUUUUAGUACGUUACAACCUUAUUCUAAAAUUGAUUAAAUUACUUUUUUCCCCUCAUCAAUCUACACACAAUACCCCAUAAUGACAAAGCAAAAACUGGUUUAGACAUUUUUGCAAAUAUAUAAAAAAUAAACUGAAAUAUCACAUUUACAUAAGUAUUCAGACCCUUUACUCAGUACUUUGUUGAAGCACCUUUGGUAGCGAUUACAGCCUCAAGCCUUCUUGGGUAUGACGCUACAUCUUUAUUUCUUUAAUCCAUUUUAGACUCUUAAACUCUGGUCAAGGUCCGCUCCAGUUCAGCUACAGCACGUUGUCUAGUUACCUCAACGGUGUCGGGACCACUGCGUACUGGCAACUCCAGCAGUACCUAAACACAUCCUAAACACAGAUCUAUCUCUGAACCCACCGAGGGGCCAUACACCUUGACACUCUUUGUUAAGGGUUGAACAUGUCUGUAGUACAUUUCUAGAGACCAAAUCAUACAGUGUGUGAAAGAGGGGGAGUGUGCCAUAACCCUCUGUAGAAUGUCAACUCCCAGGCUGCCUCUGGGGCCUUCCAAUGGAUUUAUUGUCCGCAACAGUUCCAUCUGUGUGUUGCUGAUGGGGAACUGGAUUUGUGGGACAAUCACCCCUUCCGAACAAUAAAGAGCUGCGGCACCAGUGGUUGGAGGAGCUGAGGUAGUGGUGGUUGGAGGAGCUGAGGUGGUGUUGCUGGUGGUGGUUGGAGGAGCUGAGCUGGUGGUGGUGGUUGGAGGAGCUGAGCUGGUGGUGGUGGUUGGAGGAGCUGAGGUGGUGGUGGUGGUUGGAGGAGCUGAGGUGGUGGUGGUGGUGGUGGUUGGAGGAGCUGAGGUGGUGGUGGUGGUGGUUGGAGGAGCUGAGGUGGUGGUUGGAGGAGCUGAGGAGGUGGUGGUGGUUGGAGGAGCUGAGGUGGUGUUGGAGGUGGAGGUGGUGGUGGUGGUUGGAGGAGCUGAGAUGGUGCUGGUAGUGGUUGGAGGAGCUGAGAUGGUGGUGGUUGGAGGAGCUGAGGAGGUGGUGGUGGUUGGAGGAGUUGAGGAGGUGGUGGUGGUGGUUGGAAGAGCUGAGAUGGUGCUGGUGGUGGUUGGAGGAGCUGAGAUGGUGGUGGUUGGAGGAGCUGAGAUGGUGGUGGUUGGAGGAGCUGAGGAGGUGGUGGUGGUUGGAGGAGUUGAGGAGGUGGUGGUGGUGGUUGGAGGAGCUGAGAUGGUGCUGGUGGUGGUUGGAGGAGCUGAGGUGCUGCUGGUGGUGGUUGGAGGAGCUGAGGUGGUGGUGCUGGUGGUGGUUGGAGGAGCUGAGGUGGUGGCUUGA